AAUAUGGCUGCACCUGACUAUGAUUCUUUUCGAAAGAUUAAAGUGCUUGGAGAGGGCGCUUUUGGUAAAGCUCUAUUAGUCGAGGAUAUUCGAGAUGGGUACUACAUUUAUUUUACUCUUAGGACUUAUUGGGUUAAGAAAUAAAUAGAUAUCAGUUCAAUGCCCUAAAAAGAAAAGGAAGAAACAAUUAAAGAAGCUAAAAUACUAUAAUGUUUAGAUCAUCCAAAUAUAGUUAAGUUUAAAGAUGUAUUCGCAACUAAGUAAGGUAAAUUAUGUAUUGUAAUGGAAUAUGCUGAUGGUAAUCAAUAAUUUUAUAGCUAGGUGGUGACUUAGAAAAGAAAAUCAAAAGUUAAUAAGGUAAACACUUCACUGAAUCAUAAAUACUGGAUUGGUUCACAUAAAUUUGUUUGGCACUGAAACAUGUUCAUGAUAGGAAAAUUAUUCACAGAGACUUGAAAGGAUAAAAUAUAUUUCUGAAUAAAGCCAAUAGAGUAAAGCUAGGAGAUUUUGGUAUUGCAAAGAUUUUGGGAAAUACUUUAGAAAAAGCAAAGACUCAAGUAGGAACUCCUUAUUAUUUAUCUCCAGAGAUAAUUGAAUCAAAGCCUUACUCUUAGGCGGUAAAUUAUAUCAGUAAUUUAGAGCGACAUUUGGUCUCUAGGGGCAAUUUUAUAUGAAUUGUGUGCUUUGAAACCACCUUUUACUGCAGAUAGUUUGCAUUUCUUAGCUUUAAAAAUUAUUAAAGGACAAUUUGUACAAAUUCCAAGCACCUUUUCAAAAGAAAUGAAUAAUUUGGUUAAAUUAUUAUUACAAACAUAACCAUCAAAAAGACCAAAUAUAAAUUAAAUUUUAAGUAAAUAAAUUUUAAUUAAUUUCAGAAAUGCCAAUAAUUAGUGCGAGAAUGAAGGAGUUCCUGACUGAAAGUUAAUAAAAGGUUGAAUUUGCUCAUACUAUUUUGCAUAAAUAAGUAAAUUAUAAUAAAAAAAAAUAAAUAGAAAAUUAACUGUUUAGCUAAAUUGUCAGAUUUAAAGCUUAUUGAUGAAGAUAAUCUUAGACCACCUCCUAAUCUAUUAAGUAAGUAAAAUAGUAGCUAAUCAUCAUCAUCAUUGCAAUAACAACAACCAUAAUAAUAAUAAUAAUAACAAUAAUAACAAUAAUAAUAAUAAUAAUAAUAACAAUAAUAACCUGUUCUAAAACAAUAAUAAUAUGUACCUUAAUAUUAGUUUAUUUCAAAAUAAGCUCAUAACUAAUAAUAAUAAUAAUAAUAAUAAUAAUAAUAACAACAACAAUAAUAAUAAUAAUAAGUUCAAUAAUAAAAAGUAUAAUAAGUCUAAUAAUAACAAAAAUAACAAAGCAAUUAAAUAUAAUAAUAAUAAUAGAAUAAAAACAAUUAAGGUAGAUAAGAAAAACCAUUAGUUUAAUAGCAUGUUAUAUAAUAACCAAAAUAAUAUGCAUAAUAACCAAGACGCGAAUAAUAAAAGCCAAAUACAGCUGUAUAGCCAUAAAAACAAAGGAAUAACAGCAAGAAUAAAUUAGUAGACUUAGAAAAAUAAGAAUAAGAAAGAAAAAGAAUGUAGUAAAUUAAAUUAGAAGCCGAUAUUAAAAGAAAAGAGGAAGAAAAGAAAAAAUUACUAAAAAUACAAUAAGAAGAGGAAGCAAAAAAAAGAAUUAAAGAAGAUCAAAAAAAGAAGAGAGAAUAAUAAUAAAAAGAGAUGAGAGAAGAUCUCCAAAAAAGAAGAUAAUAAUUAUAAUAAUAAAGCUAACCAGAUCUUGAAAGUGAACCGAAAUAUAUUGUUAGACAAACAAUCUCAUAACCAGAAAAUUUGGAUGAUAUAUUGGAAGAAUAUAAUAGUGAAGAAGAAACUUAUGAGGCUGAAGGUUAAUCGAGUAAUAAAAAACAAUUCUAAGAUGCGGAACUUGAGGAUCAAGACGAACCAAAUAUGGAUUAUGGAUUAGUAUAACAGGAAAAUGAUGCUGAAAUGGAUGCAUUAUAAUAAGCAAUCUUAUGUAAGGAGUAUGAGAAAGUGGUAUGUAGAAUACAUUAAUUAUUAGCUUGAGGAAGUGUAAGAAACUAAUAAUAUUGUGAAUCAAUUAUAAGAUCCAUAAUUUGAAAAAAAAAGAUAAUAGAUACUAGAAUAAUUUGAUCUUGGGGAUGGUCUAGAUUUUGAUGAUUUAGAAGAUGAUGAUGAUGAAGACGAUUUAAAUCUAACAAAAACUGCUAAAACAACUAACUAAGAUGUCGGACUGGAUUACUUUAAUAAUCCAUAAGGCUUAAGAUUAUAUUUAUAGCAAGUGCUUAGCAAAGAAGCAUUUGAAAAAAUCUAUAAUUACACUUUAAAGUAAACAUUACAUAUAAUCUUAGUGAUCUUUUGACAUAUUAAGUAGAAGAAAUUGAAAAAAUGAUUAGCAAUAACAAAAGUUUGUUACAAUACAUAACACACGAAGAAACAAAAAAGUUUAUACCUUUGAUGUUGUAAUUAGUAGUAUAGGAAAAUAGUUAAUGA